UGUUAAUCCGCUUGCUUCGCCAGCUUCAGCGUUCGACGCCCGCAAUGUACUACAUGAGAUUGAAGCUUUUGCUUCUUGCACAGAAGCUCUUGCUGCUGCUGCUCUUGCAAAGGCGGCGGGAACGCAGAAAGCGUCUGCAGCGACGUUGGUGGGUCCGGCCCGUCGUUCAACGGCGUAAAGAAGAAGGACUUUACUAUACGGCUAUGCAACAAAUGCGUCAGGGUGACCAUGGAUUUUUCUAUAAGUUCUUCCGCAUGAUGCCGCAGCUUUUUGACAAGCUAUUGAGCUUUGUCGCAGAGGACCUCACACGGCAGCACCACAUUCGAGAACCCCUGGAGCCUGGAGAACGACUUGCUAUAGCAUUGAGCUACUUGGCAUCCGGGCAAGACAUAAAAGACGUUGCCUUGGCUUACCGUGUGGGGAUGGAGACGGCUAGAGUGUGCAUUCAUGUGGCCUGUCGAGCAAUCUGGGCAAGGCUCAAAGACCACUACAUGAAGGUACCAAGCACGUCUGAGUGGGCGCAGAUUGCCGAUGGAUUUGCCGCACAGUGGCAUUUCCCAAACUGUUUGGGAGCAGUUGACGGAAAACACGUUGCCAUAAUUGCUCCUCGGAAUUCUGGCAGCUUGUACUUCAACUGCAAGGGAGUGGGUAACCUCGUUGAGGUUGGGGAGGUGCGGGUGGACGGUGCCUACAUGAGCUGGGAACCUGACGAGUGUACCCUGAUGGUUGGUUGA